GAACAAAAGGUGUAAUUGAAUAGGAUCGCUGGGUUUAAUGUCUCUCCUCCUCUCAGUAUGGUAUUGUUAAAGGACGGCAGAGGUGGAAUGGCCUGCCUUCUCCAAGGACACAACUGCCAUUGUUGGAACCACAGCACAACAACUCUCCAAAAGGCUAUGGACCAGGUUCGUUUGAAUAUCAGCCAGGAGAGCCAGGGAACAGAAGCAGGAGUAACAGCAGCUGAAACCAGGGUCAUCUGUGAGAGAACAACAGUCACACCCCCAGGGGAUGAUGGCUCCAAGAGGAAAAAAGCCACCUGGGGCAAGCACAAUACCCUCACAACGGGGCCAGCCACCAGCAGCGUUGUCUCGGCAUCCUUAGCAACCACAUCUCCCCUCAGUUCCAGAGCAUUACCUGGAAGUUCCAUGGUCGUCAGUGUUUGAAUCACCACCAGAGUCAUCACAUUCCGAAACUGCAAUCCAAACCUCCGCGGCGCAGGCUGUCUCUCACUACCGUGGGAAAACGCCCAUACUCAGGAGCAGGGAGACCACCCGUCAUUCCUUGAGACCACAGCAGGCCAGUGGCAAAGCGUUAAGUCUGUUCAAGGACUUCCAUCUUCGGCAGGCAAAGCCCAGGCAAGCGGGAGGGCUACAGUCACCGUUGUAAAAACAAAUUGUUUAAAAAUGCCGCCUGCAACAACAUCACUACAGUAUGCUCCCCCUGAUGGAGGAUGGGGCUGGAUCGUGGUCUUCGGAGCUUUCAUCUCCAUUGGGUUUUCCUAUGCAUUCCCUAAAGCUAUCACAGUGUUCUUCAAGGAAAUUCAGGAGAUCUUCGACACAUCAUAUAGCGAGAUAGCUUGGAUCUCAUCAAUCAUGUUGGCUGUGAUGUACGCAGGAGGGCCUAUAAGCAGUGUCUUGGUGAACAAAUAUGGCAGCAGGCCGGUCAUGAUAGCUGGAGGGAUACUUGCUUCAUUUGGAAUGAUUGCCUCUUCUUUCUGCAACAGUGUCCUGGAGCUUUACAUAUGUAUUGGUGUUAUUGGAGGUUUAGGCUUGGCUUUCAACUUGCAGCCUGCCUUGACGAUGAUUGGCAAGUAUUUUUACAAAAAGCGUCCCAUUGCAAAUGGACUGUCCAUGGCUGGAAGUCCAGUCUUUCUUAGCACCCUGGCACCUCUCAACCAAUUUCUUUUCAAUGCUUUUGGCUGGAAGGGAAGUUUCCUCAUUUUGGGAGGGCUCCUUUUGAACUGCUGUGUAGCAGGGUCACUUAUGAGGCCUGUCGGACCAAAUCCUUCAACGGCUGGAAAAAAAGAUGUUGAAAAGGGAAAAGGAGAUUCUGCUUUGCACAAGAAUGACAAGAAAUCCAUUUGGCAAACAAUCAACAAAUACUUAGAUUUAUCUCUUUUCAAACACAGAGGGUUUUUGAUUUAUCUGUCUGGGAAUGUUAUCAUGUUUCUCGGAUUCUUUGCUCCUAUUGUGUUCUUAGCUCCUUAUGCCAAGCACAAGGGAAUUGAUGAAUAUUCUGCUGCUUUUUUACUAUCCAUCUUGGCUUUUGUUGAUAUGUUUGCUAGGCCAUCCAUGGGCCUAAUUGCAAACUCAAAAUACAUACGACCCAAAAUCCAGUAUUUCUUCAGUUUUGCUGUUUUAUACAAUGGGGUCUGCCAUGUCCUGUGCCCACUGGCUGACAGCUAUUCGGGCCUUGUUGUGUAUGCUGUUCUUUUUGGAUUUGCCUUUGGAAUGGUUAGCAGUGUCCUUUUUGAGACAUUAAUGGAUCUUGUUGGAGCUGCAAGGUUUUCCAGUGCGGUUGGACUCGUUACAAUUGUAGAGUGCUGUCCUGUUCUUUUAGGUCCUCCACUGGGAGGUUUGCUUGUGGACAUAACCAAAGAUUACAAAUACAUGUAUUUUGUCUGCGGCGUAAUUGUCAUCGUGGCAAGCAUCUGGCUAUUCAUUGGGAAUGCAAUCAAUUACAGACUUUUAGCAAAGGAGAAGAAGUUAGAAGAUGAAAGGCAGAGAGCUCUGAAGAAUGCUGAUUCCAAGGAAGUAGAACCUUUGACCAGCAAAGAGAAAGAAGAAAUGGUCAACAGAUCAAGCAAAUUGCCAGAUAAUCCUUCAGAAAGAGAAACUAAUAUUUAACACUGAAUAUGUAGCUCAAAUAUGCAUAUUUAUAACUUCCAUUAGAGGUCUCUCUUCAACGUACAGGCCCGGUUUUGUAGUAAUUAUAAUCAGUCACAAUACUGAAUGGUUAUAGGAGUUGCAGGGGAGGAGAAUCCAGCCAAUUAGGUCACAAUCCUGCUCUUCCACAGAGAAAAUGAAAGGUGCUGAAGGAUUGUUUUUUUUCUUCCAGAAUUGCACUGUAACCUUUCCUUACCAUGCUACUCCUGCCUCAAGUAUGCUAUAUAAUAUACCUAUAAAUUCAUGGGUAGGUGGAAUGCUUCAGUAUCUUCCCUUGGGGUAACCUCAGUCUCCCAUGCUGUUGACCUGGGGUGUGAGCAUGCAUCAAUUUUAUUUUCAUUUCAUUCUCCAGAAUCACAUCAGUACACUUUUUCUGCCCAUGAUCCCUGUCAGCUUACGAGAUACUUUUUAAAAAUCCCCACAGAGAAAUUCAGGUGUAUUUUGAUAACUCUUCCUAAUGUAUGCCCUUCCCCACCCCUAUUUUUCUUAAUAUAUACAUUUUAAUAUAUUUUUCCAUGGGCAUGCUUGUUCAUAUUUAUCACAUAUGUGCAUUUUUAGUUGUGCGCAUUUACGACUGUAAAAUCUGAAAAGGAAAGAAUCAGAUAUGUACAAUUUCCCUUGAACGACUGAAACCAAAACUAUGAAUUGGAUCAAUUCCGUUUUCUAAAAAACAAACAAGCAAAAACUCAGUUAUUGAAAGUAUUUUUUCCACACAUACUUGUAUCAGGCAUAGCAUGGUUUGGGGAAAGAGUUUUAUGCUGCAGUCUUCUUGGGAGCUGCUGCCCCCACUCUAUGUUUCCAAUUUAUGGACGGAACAGGAUUGUGGUAUUACAUUUUAUUCUGGUGUCAAGAGUAUUGGAGCUCUUGCUGAAAUGGGUGCAGGUGAAUCAGUUCAAAUGCAGACCCUGGUUAAGGUAGAACUUUGUCUGUUCUUCCAGUAACAAAUGUUCUUGCUCAAUAAUAUACAUUGCAUAAAU